AACGCGACUCUUUGGACGGCGACGGCCGCCACGUCGCACUGGAUCCGCCACGCUGCGACGCGGCUUGUACUCAAGCAGUUCAUCGACCAGAUCAAGCCCGUCUCCGAUGUCCGCGCCAGUGCUGAGGAGAGAGUGCCCGACGAAGAGUGCAUCUGCAACAACGACUACAUCGCCCGAUUGCAGACUUGGUUUCGGGAGCAGGCGGAGAAGAACGAGGACCACCCACCGUCUCCUCCUACAGAGGCAGGAGAGAUGUUGGCGGACCACGACGCCAUCGAGGACCUCAGGAAGGGGAUCAACGAGUGCGAGCGGCUGCUGCCAAGGACGCUGCCGCCCACUGGCGCGGCCGACUGGCAGCCCAACUUUUACGUCUUCGACCACGCGGCACAAAGUUCCAAGGGCGCGGCUGGCUUCGACGGCUGGACGGGCGUGGAGCUUCGCCUCGUCGCCAGGCUCGCCCCUGACAUGAUGCACGAGCACUACAACUUGUGGCGCAACACCACCCGUAAGAUCGUCUCCAACAGCAUCGACGACAUCGUGGCCAUGCAGCUGUUCAGCUGGAAUCUCGCUGGCAUUCCGAAGAACGAGGACGACUCGAUGCCCAUCGCCGCGGGCCCCUGCACCCUCCGUCACUGGCCGCCCGCCCUCGCGACGGCAGCCCCCGAGCCGCCGACCCACAAGCGGGC